AAAAUAAAAAAUGAUUUGAUGAGAUAAGAGCUCCGCUAUAUCUAUGCUAGCCAGCUGCAAGCAACUCCCACCAUUCAACACACAAUAGAUAGGAGAGAUUAGAAGAUUGAUCAAUGGCGGUAAGGGGCAUGAUGUUUAUGGGCAUGACAGUCAUUCUACUGAGUCUAACAGGUGCCAAACUUGGCGCCUGUUUAAUCUUAGAUUACUAUGCCUUUGCCUGCCCGUUUGCGGAGUUCAUUGUUAGAGACACUGUGAAUCGAGCCAUACAACGCGACAUGAGUAUUGCAGCAGGACUUCUCAGAAUGCAUUUUCAUGACUGCUUUGUGGAGGGAUGCGAUGGAUCGAUUCUGAUAGACUCCACAAGUGAGAAUAAGGCUGAGAAGGAUUCUCCUGCCAAUCUGAGUUUACGCGGCUACGAGGUCAUCGACGAGGCUAAAGAAAUGAUUGAGGACCGCUGUCCAGGCGUUGUAUCUUGCGCAGACAUUAUUGCAAUGGCAGCUCGAGACGCAGUUCUCUUUUCGGGAGGGCCCAUGUAUGAUGUGCCAAAGGGACGAAAGGAUGGAAGGAGAUCAAGAAUCAUGGAUACCAUAAACUUGCCUUUUGCAACAUUCAACGCUUCUCAGCUCAUCAGAGCAUUCGGCGAACGUGGGCUUUCUGCUAGAGAGAUGGUGGUUCUUUCAGGAGGUCAUACGCUGGGGGUGGCACGGUGUUCCUCUUUCAAAAACAGGGUGAGCAAUUCGAAUUCGGAGGUGGAGGGGUCUAGCAACGUUCAAUUCUUGGCGACGUUGAAGAGCGCGUGCAGUAAGGGAGACGAUGCGACUGUAGCUUUUGACGAGAGUGUGAACGAUUUCGACAAUUCGUAUUUCAUGGGGUUGGAGGAAGGCAUGGGAGUGCUGAGCUCCGAUCAGACGCUCAUGUCCUCCUCCGCCACGCGAGGUGUGGUAGGGAUGUACGCCUCUAACCAGGCUUCCUUCUUCUUUGACUUUUCCCAAGCCAUGCUCAAACUCGGAACUGUGGGUGUCAAGGACGUCCCCAAUGGCGAUGUUCGUUUCAAUUGUCGCCAACUAAAUUAAAACAAGUGUAGGCUGCCAGCCUUAAACACCACACAUUAAGUAACAUAUUAAGUCUAGAGAAUGUCAGUUAAUUCUGAGUGUUUAACACUUUUAAGACUAGAAGCCAAAGCUUAAUGUGUGUGAUUUAAGUCAAUUGAGGCAGGGGCGAUCUAUUUGUUCUUUUUUCA